AUGUCCUCCACCGCCCUCAUCCAAUUCACCAACAGCCCCAUCGACGACCCACAAGCCAAAUUCCUCCAGAAAUGCCAAACCCUCCACAACAAGGCCAACGCCCUCCUCAAACUCAUGGACGCGCUCGAUCAUACCGAGCACAGAAAGAACCUCGCGGGCGCUAUUAAGCAUGUCGAAUACGUGAUUGAGUCUACGUACGUUGCGGACAAUGGUGUGGCCAGAGGAGAGGAGAAUCUUGCGAUUUUGCACUUUUUCAUGAGACAGGAUUUGCUGGAACAGGUAAAGAGGGAGAUGAGGGAGAAGAGGGGUUUGAUUGAGGAGUUGGGGUUGGAGAUUUUUGGUGUGGAGGGGGAUGGAGGGGAGUGA